CCUCUGUUCUGUUCAGCAGCCUGCUGGGGUGAGGCGAGCAGAUACGAAAGUUUAGUUGCAAAGUUCAGCUUUUUAAAGCUGCAGUACAUUUAAGAUCUUGUCAGCAUCUUGAAUCUCCACACAGAAAAUAUCAAGGUUUGUCCUGAAUUCGUAAAGACUAGAUGGGCUCCUCUGACCUGGGCUGGAAGUUCGAAACUCCGCAGAGACUGAGCACUGCUGCCAAACUGCUGAGUGCUGGUACUGAGGUUUACCAUCGUGAUCGAGCGGAUGAGUUCAGUCAAUCAGCAGAAAGCUGUGCUGCACUGGUGGAGGAGGCUGAGAGGCCGCUGAAGAGCAGGGCAGAGACAGGAGACACGAAGGCCAGCUUCCUUCUUGGACAGCUCUACUAUGAGGAGGGUCGCUAUACAGAAGCUAGGACCAUGUUUGAUGGCAUUAAGGAUGAAGAAUCUCAAGCUCUCUACCAGCUGGCUGUAAUGUACUACGAUGGCCUUGGAACCACAGCAGAUCCCAGCAAAGCAGUGGACUACAUGAGAAGAGUGGCAGAGGUGGAUGCAGGCACUCUGAGAUACACUGCCUUAUACAACUUGGGCAGGGCCUACCUGGAGGGGUACGGAGUUCAGGCCUCCAGUGCAGAGGCAGAGAGGUACUGGCUUAUGGCGGCAGAUGAUGGAAACCCCUAUGCCAGCAUCGAAGCUCAGUGCUCUCUCGGCAUGUUCUAUUCCAGCCCUGAAACUCAAGAUCUCAAAAAGGCUAUCUUCUGGCACUCGCAGGCAUGUGGUAAUGGCAGUUUGGACUCGCAGGGGGCGCUGGGGGUGAUGUACCUGUAUGGAUAUGGUGUAUCUAAGGACCUGCAGGCUGCUCUGUACUGCCUGAAGGAGGCUGCAGAGAGGGGUAAUGUCUAUGCCCAGGGCCACCUUGCAGCCUACUACUACCACCUAAAACUCUACACUAAAGCAGCAGUUCUGGCGGAGAGGAUCUGCCAAUGUGAAGAUAUCAGUGCCAUAUCGAAGUGCACAGGCUGUUUUCAUGAGUAUAUCAAUAAAGGCAUCACCACUGCUCUCUUCUAUUAUGCACGCUGUCUACAGCUGGGCCGAGGUGUUCCACAGAACAGAGAGAAAGCUCAGCACUAUUACACAAAGGCAGCGCUGAUGAACCCAAAAGUGUGUAAAGGGCUACAGAUGGACAUCAUUUAUGGCAGGAUUUAAUGCAUGUGCCCAGCGACGCUUCGGUCUCUGAAGACCUUUAGGAAAGCCACCACGCUGGAGUAUCAGGAAGCGUAUUUGUAACCAUUCCAUGUAAUAACUUUAUGUAGUUUUUAGAGCCGUUAACUUUCCAGACGUUCUUUUACCCCCACUGUACAAUUUUCUGUUGGAGGUAAUGACCGGGUUGGGCUUAGGGUUAAGAGUGUUGUUUUAUUCUUAGUUCAUUGCAAGCCCUAUUUCAUUUUCAUGCAAAAGUAAAUCAUGCAACUUCUACAGUUUGUGGAGGCCACAGAACAUCCUUACAUGUCAUCACAGCAAAUAGAGCCAUUUUAUAUACUAUACAGUGAGCCUACUUGUGUCUUCUGAGGUUUUAUUUGUAAUGUUGAUAAUGGUAAAAAUAGUGGUAAAUCUUUAAGUUUUCUUUGUACUCUUUUGCCUUACAUAUAUAACCCCAUGGUGUGAAGUUAAAUAUAAUUUUUAGGCCAAAAGUGUAUCUUAAAACUAUUGUAAAACAGUGUCUCAGGCUUCCAGCAGCAGAUCUGUAACCACUUCAUAUAAUAACUUUCUGCAAAGCUUUAACAGGGAAUUCCAACAAUUUUUGGUUUCAAAGUUCCUGCAUAAUUAAAUUGUUAGGAUACAAACCAAAGUCGUUCAGAGUGGUUUGAUGUGAACUGCAUAAUUCUAUAGAAACUAAGAUAUCUGACAUAUCUGAAGUGUUUAAAACCUCUAUAUUGUUAGAAAUAGAAGUAUUAUGAAGGAAUAUUUUUCAUUUAUCAAGGUACAAUGUAAAUGCACUCUCAAGGGUACAACAGUGGUGUCCAGUUGUAGACCUUAAAUAAGUUUUUCCAAAGUGAAAAGUACAUAUUUGUUCCUUUUCAUAAACUGUUUUAAAACAGAACAACAAAGCAAAAUGCCUGGAGACGAGGUGGACGAGAUGAGGGACCAAUACAACUUAGAAAAUAUAAUUUCAUGGUAUUUUUAGGUAUAAUUUAGGUUAUAAUUAUGUUCCCUGACUAAAGGUACUGAGACGUAACCUUGAGGGUGCCACCCCAGUGACAAGAGGGGUACUGCCCUAGUGACUGUUUCAUAGCUUGUGUAAAAGCUCCCUCACAGAAAGCUAUUACAUGAACUUGUUAUGAAUACACAUGAAUACACCAUUCACCAUUGUAAUGAAAUCUAAGUUGGUAAGUUUCUCUACAAUGAACUCGCAUCAAACCAAUCUGAAAAACUUUGUUCAUAUCUCAACCAUUCAAUUAUGUAGAAAGUUGAAAAAGCAUUGGAAUUCCCCUUUAAACCGUGUGGACGUCUGGCUCCUAUUACAACUGUUGUGAAAAAUUCUGUAGACAUCUCUGUAGAAUGGGGCAUUUCACAUUCAACCCCUCUGCAUGACUUUUUAAUUAUGCUGAAAUUUUGGAAAAUCUGUGGAAUUCCCCUUUAUCUACCAAGAUGUUACAUAGCCUAUACAUAUUUUUUCAAAUGCUUUCUCUGACAGAGCUUAGAAUCUAAUGUUCUACACUGUUAAGUUUUAGCAGAGGGUAAUUGACAGUUCUCAAUUUUAAUGUCUUUACUUGCCCUCUAAUGAUUAAAACUGAAGAGUAACAGUUGUACUAAUCAAUAAUAAA